CUCUUCCCCUCACCCGUCUCUCUCCCUCCUAUUCCCGCCACAAACUCUCUCUCUCUCUCUCUCUCUCUCUCUCUCUCUCCUGUUCAUCUCCUGUUCAUCUCCGUCUCUCCAUGGCUUCUCCGGGCUAUUCCUCUCCCUACGGAGUGUCGUCUCCCGACGGCCGAUCGUCGAGCCCGAUCGCCACCACUCCCCACCGCGGCGGCAGCCCCUUCGCCUCCGCCUCCCCCCGACGCCCCUCGCGCCGCUCCGCAUCGGCGGCGCCCUCGACGCCGAUGUCCACCGACGACACCCUCCCCCCCUCCUCCUCCUCCGACGCCGGCGACGACGCCGCCUUCGCCGGCGACGACGCCGACCCCACCCCGGUCUACGUCUGGGGCACCAGCAUCAGCGUGCAGGACGUGAACGCCGCCAUCCUGCGGUUCCUGCGCCACUUCCGCGAGCCCGACAACAGCGCAUCGGCAUCGGCGGCAGCGGCGGCGGCUGCGGCGAUGGAGGAGGGCAGGUACAUGCGGGAGGUGCACCGGAUCAUGGAAUUGGAGGGCGGGGAGUCGCUCGACGUCGACGCCCGCCAUGUGUUCGACUACGAUCCCGACCUCUACGGCAAGAUGGUCAGGUACCCGCUCGAGGUGCUCGCCAUCUUCGACAUCGUGCUCAUGGAUCUCGUCGCCAGGAUCGACCCCUUGUUCGAGAAGCAUAUCCAGACCCGGAUCUUCAAUCUCAAGUCCUCGGUUUGCAUGCGCAAUCUCAACCCCUCCGACAUUGAGAAGAUGGUGUCGGUGAAGGGGAUGAUCAUCCGUUGCAGCUCGAUCAUACCGGAGGUCAAGGAAGCGGUGUUUCGCUGCCUCAUCUGUGGCUAUUAUUCAGAACCAAUCUUGGUGGAUAGAGGACGAGUCAGUGAGCCAACCAGAUGCGGUAGGCAGGAAUGCUUGGCCAUGAAUUCCAUGACACUCGUCCACAAUCGAUGCAGAUUCGUGGACAAACAAAUCGUGAAGUUGCAGGAAACGCCAGAUGAGAUACCCGAAGGAGGAACGCCACACACUGUUAGCAUUUUGAUGCAUGACAAGCUUGUAGAUGCUGGGAAACCUGGAGACAGAGUUGAGAUUACUGGAAUAUAUAGAGCUAUGAGUGUUAGAAUUGGGCCUACUCAGAGGACGGUUAAAUCCAUAUUCAAGACGUACAUUGAUUGCCUUCACUUAAAGAAAACCGACAAGUCGAGGCUUCACAUUGAGGACACCGUGGAGUGCAAUAAUAAUAGCUCUUCAACCCAUAAGGCUGGUGACGAUGAAAUGCCCGACUACCAAGAUAAGGUUGAGAAAUUAAAAGAACUCUCGAAGUUGCCAGAUAUCUAUGACAGGCUAACCGGAUCUCUAGCUCCGAACAUAUGGGAGUUGGAUGAUGUGAAAAGAGGCCUUCUUUGCCAGCUUUUCGGCGGGAAUGCUUUGAAGCUUCCCUCGGGGGCUAGCUUCCGAGGGGACAUCAACAUUUUACUAGUGGGAGAUCCUGGAACAAGUAAAUCCCAGCUGCUUCAAUACAUCCAUAAGCUGUCGCCACGUGGAAUUUACACCAGUGGAAGAGGAAGCUCUGCUGUUGGCUUGACAGCUUAUGUUACAAAGGAUCCAGAGACUGGUGAAACUGUUUUAGAGAGUGGCGCAUUGGUGUUGAGUGAUCGAGGCGUUUGCUGCAUCGAUGAGUUCGAUAAAAUGUCAGAUAAUGCACGGAGCAUGUUGCAUGAGGUUAUGGAGCAGCAAACCGUAUCAAUUGCGAAGGCCGGGAUUAUUGCUUCCUUAAAUGCGAGGACCUCAGUAUUAGCUUGUGCAAAUCCAAGUGAAUCACGCUACAACCCUCGGCUCUCAGUGAUUGAUAACAUCCACCUUCCUCCUACUCUGCUAUCUAGGUUCGACCUGAUUUACUUGAUACUAGACAAGCCUGAUGAACAAACAGAUAGGCGUCUAGCGAAGCAUGUCGUUUCAUUACAUUUUCAAAAUCCAGAGACUGUAGUGCAAGACGUGCUGGACCUCCCUACGCUGGUUGCAUACAUUAGCUAUGCGAGGAAGAACAUUCAUCCACAGAUAUCUGAUGAAGCUGCAGAAGAAUUAACGCGCGGCUAUGUUGAUAUGAGGAGACGAGGUAACACCCCAGGAAGCAGGAAGAAGGUGAUUACAGCAACAGCCAGGCAAAUCGAGAGCUUGAUUCGUCUUAGUGAAGCGUUAGCUCGAAUGCGGUUCUCAGAAUGGGUCGAGCUACGAGAUGUUAGGGAGGCAUUUAGAUUGCUUGAAGUUGCUUUACAGCAGUCAGCUACUGAUCAUUCAACAGGGACGAUCGACAUGGAUCUGAUCAUGACUGGAAUAUCUGCAAGUGAAAGGAUGAGGCGCGAAAAUCUAGUUGCGGCAACUCGUAACCUUAUUAUGGAGAAAAUGCAGCUCGGCGGAGCCUCUGCUUACCUAAGAGAUUUGCUUGAAGAGCUGAAGAAACAAAGUUCAGUCGAAGUCACCCAAAAUGAUCUGCGCAAUGCUCUUGCUACUCUCAUGAGCGAGGGAGUCGUCGUUAUUCAGGGUGACAGUGUUAAGAGGAUCUAAUCGGAACUACACUAUGGCAAACUCUGACGAUAUUAUAAUAUUUUCAUUUUAAUCGUCUGCAAGGGAGAAGCUGAAGAUGCGCCUCAUACUGAGGGGCCAAACACUGCUUUCUUGGGACUUUAUAUGGAUAUCUACUGCGGUAGCAUGUGUGUUGUAUUGGAAACAGUAUUUCUAGUCGGUACACUUACGACUAAUGCAGAAUCCAUUGUAUAUUCUUUGCAAGAACUUGGGUACUGCAGAACCUGUGUCUUGUCAUACAUGCUCUAAUUCAGUACACUUAUGAUUCAAGGCGGGGGCCGCUUAUUGGAGGAUAUUCCAUGACUUGUCCUUCAGUGUUAUUAUAAUUAUGUUGUCAUAAUGUCAAAAGUGAACCAGGUUCAGUGUUUUGAUGUUUUCUCCCUCUUUUGUUUAUGAAGUAACUGGUUCAGCCCCUGUAAUCAUUUGGGUUCUAUGUUGAUUAAUAAUUCCUUAAUUCAA